AUGACAACAGCAGCGGUGUUUGGCUGUACAGGAGCGUUCCCAUCAAUCAAGACUAUCUCGAGGAGACUCCCCAAACUUCAGUCAUCUAAGCUCCAAGCCCUCGAGGAAAGCGACGUCUCAAAAUUGGCUGGCAUGGUUGCCUCUCUGUCCCCUAAGCCGUCAUUGGUCUUUAACGCAGUCGGCACGACAAGAGCGGCAGCUGGCGGAAUCCAGAAUCAGUGGAAGAUCGAUCAUGACUCGUGCAUCGAGAACGCCCGAGCAGCCAAAGAUGCGGGUGUGAAGACGUACGUAAUUAUCUCCAGUGCUGGGACCAGAGGCGUUUUCUCUGGCUACGUGCCUUGCUCGAAGAUGAAGGUUGGGGUGGAGGAUUCUAUCAAGGAGCUCAACUUCGAAAACUCAAUUAUUUUGAGGCCGGGGAUGAUCCUCGGAAGUGAUACACCAAAGGCACCAUUGUCGGAGAGCAUUGUGGGAAACCUCGAUAAGUUGGGACAGGGUGUUCAGGAUUUGAUAGAUCAGACUAUCAUCGGUCGAGCAGCGGUGGCGGCUGCUCGAAUGGUCGCAGAAGGGAGAGCGCUGUCGAAAUAUUGGGUUGUCGAGAUGGCGGAUAUCGUCAAGUUGGGAAAAUAUCUAGAAGCUAUAAUGCUCCGUUUGUUGUGUUGA